AUGUCCAUCAUAGAAAGGACCAACCCACUGAACCUCCAAUACAAAAUCUGCGUCGUAACAAAUGCCUCCUCUCCUCUGGGCGUCGUGAUCUGCAAGACUCUACUAAAGGCCAACGCCCUCGUCUUGGGCAUUGACACACGUCCUCGAGAUCACUCCCUCAAUGCCGGACUGGGUACACAUUUCCAGUUCGAACAAGUCGACAUCAAAGAACUUGAAACGCCGAAAAAGAUUAUAGAAGCCUCUCAAGAGAAAUUCGAGAGUCUGGGAGGCAAAUUCGAUGCGCUUAUGAAUCUUGUCGAGAAGGAAGAUGAUGAUGAUGAUGUAGCAGGUAUUGCAAACUUGACCAAAGCUAUUGGAAAUGUGAUGAGGGAGACCGGGCAAGGUUCCAUCAUUACAGUGGCUCCUGGGAGUGUAAAUGAAGUUGAAAGUCAGAGCAAAAGACAAAUGAUCGACUUCGCCAAAUCCCUCAUGCAGCAAUUCCAAGACAACAGCAAUUCCAUCAGAACCAACAUCAUCAUACCAGAAGCACCAUCAGAAACCCAACAAUCUACCCUCGCCUACCAAGAAGCUCAAACGCACAUGACCGCUCUGAUCAAGACAGAGGAAAAAUCCGCGAUACAAUCUCAGCAGACUACUACUACUACUCCAGCAGAAUUCUACAAAAUCGCCAAUUUGGUAUUGUUUUUAGCAGGCGGUAUGAGUGAGAAUUUAUCUGGCAAGAUUUUCGGUCUGGAUGGGUCGUGCCGGGAGUUGUAA